UUGUUGCUAAUGCAAUAGUUAUUGCUUGUAGUCUUCGAUAUCUAUAGGUUGUUCCAUAAAUUGCUGUUCUAUCCCUAUAUAUAGUUUGAUUACGCGGAAGUAUCUUCUUGUAUUUUGUAUCUUCUGUUCUAGAAGUAUGUUUGGUUCAAUGCUCAGAGAUUUCGAAGAGGAUCCGUUUCUCAGCCUGUCCAGACCGCACAUGCAGCAGAUGGAUAACAUGUUCCGCAGCAUGGCCGACCCGUUUGCCUUCGCUCCGAUGCUCACCUACCCGGACACCCGACCGCAGUAUCCUCGCUCCACCGACAUGGUGCCAUUCGGCUCCAUGUUCGGAGGAUUUGACAGCAUGUUCAGCAACAUGAGAAACAUGUUCAAUAACGUGGAACGAGGUAUCGCGCAGAUGGGGAAUGAUCCGAACAGUCACUGCUACACCCAGAGCACUUUCAUGUCGUACUCUAGCGACGGUGCAGGCAAGCCGCAGGUGUACGAAGCCACAAAGAGCACACGCAUGGCGCCCGGUGGGGUGAAGGAGACGAGGCACUCGGUGCGCGACACGGCGAGGGGAGAGCAGAAACUGUCCAUCGGUCACCACCUCGGCGACCGCGCGCACAUCGUCCAGCGAGCGCACGACAUAAACACGGGCAGCGAUGAGGAGCAGGAGUUCAUAAACAUCGAUGAAGAGGAAGCAGAGGAGUUUGACAGUGAAUGGAGAGAGAAGACACAUACACAUAACGCCCACCGCUACGGUUCUGCCAUUAGCCCCUCGCGCCGUUUGGCUAUUGAACCUGUACAAAGCGAAGACAGGAUUGCGAGUACUGAGAGAGAACACGUGGAGCAACGUCCCGAGAAGAAUGUUAGGAUAGUCGAGCCCCCUCGCCCGAAAGACUCCUACCGCAAGCACAGCAACCACAAGAAGGGCAGUGGCAAGACGCGCAAGUCGUACGACCACCGACGCCACUUUUAGCCGUGACCUCUGCUCUGCUUCCUCCGUUUCUCCAGUUGUACACAACCUCUGCGUUGCAAUCUCUUGCGAUUGGUAUGAUCGGAUUUGGUGGUUCUAAAAAGAGCAGGGCCACCUGCUGAAGUUUUGUAUCUCCAGCAGUUUGUUUAUCAGGGCAAGGUUCCGCAGGUCCUACCACGUAAAUUGUAGUAGCCACUGCUGGGUAAAAUGGAAAGUGAUUUUCCCAGCUCUCUCUCUGUGACAUAGAUUUACGAAUUAUUCUCAGCUGAAUCGGGUUCACAGUCUGCUACAUACAAAUUUGUUGUUCAGUUUUCACUAGAAAUCUUUUGUUUUGUUUUAAGAGCUGUUAAUUAUUUUUGGCUCACAACUCUGGUUCACUAAUACUAGUACUACACAUGCUGGUCAUAAUCCCAGAAGCUUCUAAGAAAAGUGAAUUGCAUUUAUCUCAAAUUACUAUUUACUUGUAAAAACUUUGAUUGAGUAUAAAUAUGACUAUGUUCUACCUGAAACUAAUAGUGAAAUAUAGAGCAUUGCAACGCUUCUCUUAAAUUAUUAAGUAAGAAAUGUUGACAGCCUGUUGUGUAUGCAACUGGUUUUAUGCAAUGCAGAUAGGGAAAGCACAAGUAAAGCAUUGUAAUGACCUUGUAUACGAUUUUAUAGUAUUAGUAUCUAUUUCGUUUCGAUACUAUAAAAAGAUAAUGUCUGAUAACAGAAAUAUGUAAGCCAUAUAUCUCUUUUAUGCAGCAUUAUAUUUGUGCUGGAAAGUUCUAGAUUUAAGUUUCCUUUUAACUAUAUUUGCAAUGAGAGUCUACUCCUUCUCUUCUGUUUAUGCUGUUUUCGGUCAAUCCAGACAUCACGACUAGCUGGUGACUAGACUAGUGGAGCUGUUUUGGUCUCUCUCUCUCUCCCUCUCCCUCUCCCUCUUCCGCUCCCCCUCUCUAUCUCUCUCUUUCUCUGUUUCCCUGCCCCACUUCCUCCCCCUUUCCAUCUUCUCUCUUUUCAUCAUCGUCCUUCUCUGUAAACUUCCCCUCCUAGGUUCCUGUCACGUUAAUACAAUGAAUGCAGCACACUGUUUCCAUACACUGUGAUUAUUGUAAUAUACAUGUAGAUGUAUUGAACUACAGAGGUCUCGUACGGGAACGUUUUAGCUGGACGUAAUAGUACAUUAACUGCAUGCAGUGUCACAAUCAGUUUUCUCUAAUAACGCACUUGCAAUGUGGUAGGACUGCUUCUGAAAUGUUUUUGAAGUAUAUAUAUAUAUGUGGCCCAGUUCCUAAUACUAUGUCAUUACGUGUGGUUUCUACUGUGCGAUGUAAGCGGCACCAGCAUGGUUCGAGUAUUUUUUUCGUGGAUGAAGGAACUUCGCAAGUCACUAGUGUCGUAUUGCACUGUCAGUCGAAUAUAUAUCGAAAACUAUUAUGUACAUAUAGACAAGCACAUUCAAUUGUAUUUCUGCACGCACUCUCAAGAAUGUAGAUCGAUGCCAUGAGGUGGUAGAACUGUGUUACGUGUCUACACACGUGAGGCUGCUUAUGAUAUGAAUUUCAAACGUUUAGAAUCAUUUCUAUAUAACAUUCUUGGUUGCGUUUUUCGCGUGUCUGCACGCAUGGUGUGUACCUAUUUGAUUGAUGUUUUCUCCUAUGAAGUGUAUGGGUACGGUUUAAUGUCACAAUCAGAUAAUGUCGCAAUCACACACUGAAUUUAAUUCAAACGAGUUUUAUAAUUAAUUAGUUACUCUGAGUUUUCUAAGGCUGUAGGCAGCCAAAGCGUUUAUCCACCUGAUAUUAUUACGUUGGUUUGCUCAUUUCACUGGAGUGUAACUUUCAGAUUUAUGUUAGGAAAUAAUUAGCAAUUUAAAGACACAGAGAUCUCGUCAACUAAUGGGGACACAUUUUUUUCUGACGAUAGAUCUGUUGUCGUGAUCACCAACUACGUCGUGGUAUGGUGUAUAGUUAUAUAUAUAUAUAUAUAUGUAUGUAUGUAUGUGUAGAUAUAGAUGAUGAUGAUGAUGAUUUCAUGACGACGAUAAUAUAUGCUGCGUGCUUAUGUGAUGCCCCGUUCGUCACACGACUGAGUAAAUGUUACCAACGAUUAUUAGGUGAUGGCAAAGUUUGUAUCUGUUAUGGAUGGUACAUUUAAUAUCGUGCGUGCAAGUUUACCACCGUGGUCGUUGCUUUGUAACGUUCACUGGGCGGGGUUUUUGUGGUUUUGGUGAUUUAUAACAAAAUUGUAGCAUUUUUGUUGAGCGAAGUAAUGCUGUACGACUGGUGUCACCUGAUCCCACCAUGUCCCCCCGGAUCCACCGCCUCCCUAUCCACCCCAUCCCACCCAACAUGGUAUUCGUAUCCUACUCGCGGUUUCAGUGUCAGUGUCUAUGUAUCACUAUUUAGUGAGAAUUUCGGGCGUAGAUUUAAGGCCACUUCACUGAUCAUGAUUAUCUACUCGUCACAGUCCCGACUGCAGUUCUUUAUUGGGCGAUGUCACGAUAUAUCCGUGUCUUGGUCACAGUUUCACUCACGUGUCGAACGAUGUCGCGAUAUUACCGUGUCUGGGUCACACACUUUCAAUCACGUGUCGAGCAAGCUCACAAUAUUAGUGUCUGGGUCACGGUUUCACUCGUGUGUCGAACAAUGUCACGAUAUUUUAAUACAGUCACGGUCUUAGUCGCGUGAGUAGCCAGGCCUACGCAAUUGGUCGACCUCUCGGUACACGAGUCGGCGAUCGCAGUGUUACAAAAUUAAUGUCUACCGUAGGUAUCGUCAUCGUCGGGAAAAGAGGUUAACAUGCGGGCGUUUCCGCGUUGGAUAUAAUGUGGACAACUAUCGUGAAAUGAUGGACUGAGCCUUCGUGGACACUGUUCCGUUUAUCAAUCCUGUUAAGCACUAGCACUGUCUAUCCACCGCGACGUUUGAGCAGCGAAGGCCUACGCAGGUAGAGCUAGUUAAGUAUAUACAUGUAUAUACAUUGGCGUGAAUUUACUAAGGCUACAAAGAAAGAAAAACAGGUAUCGUGGAGUUCAUAUUGUUUAUGUGCUCGAGUAAUGGUUAUAUUAGGCGCGGAAUCAAUAAUAAAGUCUAACAGUGUUACGUAUUUGUUUGUGCUGAUAGCGUACAGCGCUCCAGUAGAUCCAACUAUCUGUUGUCUCUAUUACUGUUAUACCCCCUCGUAAGUCUCAUAUUAUAUGAAUUAAUAUUAAUAAUAAUGAACCGGUCGACUUACGAUCCGUUUUUAAAUGAACACUUGUUUGUAACACGCGGAAUUUUGGAUACGACGUUAUCGACUACACUGUAACUCUUGCAUAAGCGCUUUGCUACGAAUGUAACAGCCAUUUAUAUGUCAGUAAAAAUUUGGUUUAGACCGUGAUUAAUAAUAAUAAACUCGUUCAUAUUGAACACACAGCACGCA